AACACUAAGACGGCUCAACCCGACGGUGAGAGACGGUCUUGUGUUCUCGUUAUUAGUGCGUCUCUUCACUGCUCAUACAGUGUGUCGUGUGGUGCUUCAAUACAUCACAAUGAAGGUGGCGACGCUGUGUGUGUUGGUGGCGGCACUGACACAGGGCGCCCUAGGAGUGUUGUCUCCCCCUGAGAGGUCCUACAAGAUCCUCAUGCUCCUCCCCGUCUCCUCCAAGAGCCACAGGAAUGUCUUCAUGCCCAUCGCUGAGGCUCUGGCUGACCGUGGACACAAGGUAGUGAUGUUGACCAACCACCCAAAGUCCUCCAAACACCCAAACAUCUUCGAGGUGACCCACGGCCUCCCACACUUCAGGGAGGAUAAUGUGAACAUGUUCGAUUCGAGGAAGGAUCCUACAGGGGGCUUGAACAUCUUCGUGACCGCCCUGCCGGCCAUAGCCAGGGAUAUGUACAAGGUGAAGGCGGUGAAGGACCUUUACGAUAAGAGGAAGGACUUUGAUCUCAUAGUAGUGAAUCACAUGUUUAAUGAGGUGGCUUAUCCAUUCGUACACGAAGUUCCCUUCAUCACCGUUGCCACCUCAGGGAUGGACCCACGUCAGAGUGCUGUCUUGGGCAACGUCCUCAACCCAGCUUACGUCUCCAACCUUUUGACUGAAUUACCCUCCCCCAUGUCUGUCUGGCACCGUCUUCAGAACUUACUGAUGCAUGUAUCAUUUUCGGUUUACUGGCGUAACUGGGCCAUUGUUCCUCUGAUACAGAAAGAGAUCUCGGCACAGUUCCCAGAGCUGCCGCCGCUGCUGGACCUGGAGAGGAACAUGAGUCUGGCGCUGCUCAACUCUCACUUCACCAUCAGCAAGUCGGUGCCUCUCCUGCCCUCACAGGUGGAGGUGGGCGCCAUGCACUGUCGCCCCGCCAACCCUCUGCCUCAGGAACUGGAGUCGUGGAUCACGGGGGCGGGGGCGGAGGGCGUCAUAUACUUCAGUCUGGGCUCCGUCGCUCGCGGCAACUCUAUGCCAGUCCAGUACCGCAACCUCUUCCUCCAGGCCUUCCGCAGGUUGCCGCAGCGCGUCAUCUGGAAAUAUGAGGGAGAGCUGGAGGACGUCCCAGACAACGUGAUGAUCAACAAGUGGCUCCCCCAGCAGGACAUUCUCGCCCACGACAACGUGAAGGUGUUCAUCACACACGGCGGUCUUCUCAGCCUGCAGGAGUCCAUCUACCACGUCACGCCCCUCCUCGCCCUCCCUAUCUUCGGCGACCAGCCCAAGAACGGUAGAUUCGUGAGGGACUCUGGCCUGGGCCACUUUCUGGUGUGGGAGGAACUCACUGAGGACCUCAUUGUGAACGCUCUCACCGACAUCAUCAGUGACCCUAAGUAUAAAGAAAACGUGAUGAAGAUGUCAGCUGGGCUGCGGGAUCAGCUGAUCUCGCCCAAGGAGUUGGCUGUGUUCUGGACGGAGUAUGUCAUCCGCCAACGAGGGGCGCCCCAGCUGAGGUCCCCGGCGGCACAGCUCUCCUGGGUGGAGUUCCUCAUGCUGGACGUCCUGCUCCUCCUCCACCUGGCUCUCCUCGUCCUCUACUUCACCCUACGUCGCGUCCUGAGGGCCAUCUCUGCUAAGAUCUUCGGCAGUGAGGGAAGCAAGCAGAAGAAGGAGUGAUAUUGGUUUUAUCACAUUUUGUCGGCUGUCUGUUAUGCUUCCAAGUGAUGGAAGGAAGAAUGUUCAGGUUUUUCUAAGUCAUUUUCAGCAAAAUUUACGUUACUGUACAUACUUUUAGAUAAUGAAAGCCAAUAAGAAAGAUAUUUUUUGGACUGCAAGUGUCGUAGGAUCUUUAUAACUUAUUGUUACUAAAGCUAAAUAUUACUAUGAUGACUGAGGCGAAGCUCUUUUAUCCGUUACACCACACGAGGAGUUAUUUGCUCUGGAGAUAAAGAUGUAAAGAACUGGUAAAUGAACAGUAAGAAAGAGAACAAAAUCUGAAAUGUUGUUAACAAUUCUGAAACUUUUUGUGAAGAUGAUCAAAAUUAACAUUGUUGAGUGUUCAGUCUUGCAUUGCUAUUUUCCUGUGUGGGUGUCAGUCUUUCCUUGUUCUAGUCUAAUGUAUAAACUAAAUAUAUAAUUAAUUCAACAAGUUACUCUCAGACACAGUAACACAAGAUGAAAUAGUAAAUUCUUCUUCUCUGGGUUCAAGAUCCCAAUUUUCUCUGUUUUAGGGAAUUGUGAAGACCAGCCAUGUGGGUUGUAAUAUAUCUUUAGUCAUUAUAAGAGAAUACACAGAUUAUAAUAUAUGGUGUGUACAGUUCACGAUCCAGUGACAAGGGUGGGUGGCCGUGUUGAGUCUUGAGUGAUGGGAACAACACCUUAGCGACCAGUGACGACCCGAGAACAUAUUGUCACAGGUCAAUCAGAUCAGCAUCUCCAACCCCAGGUAGUGCCAAGAGGUCAGGUCAAAUGCGAAUUCCACCAUGUGACCUUUGAUCUGACCUUAUAUAAACUGAGAUCCACAAUGGCAUCACAAGUUAUCCCAACUGGUCUGUUACCACAAGGACCUGACCUGAACCUGGGUAGCUACUAAAGACACCAACCGGCUGCUGCUCUGUGGUUUGUGUCUGUACAUUACUUUGUUUAUGUAUUGCGGAUAAAAUAAAUUUAGGCGGAUAAAUUGUUACUCUAAUCGGAUUACCUGAAGAAUUGUCACCCCAGAGUCCGGCAGGGUGACAAUUGUUCAGGUGGCAACACCUUGGGUGACAAUUCUUCAGGUGGGGUCAGGACCCUCCACGGUUGUUAAUCUUCAGGUUAGUGGAGUCAGGACCCUCCAGUCAGGUAGGAGGACUAUACAAUAGAAAAAGGGCUCAAAAUUUUUUUAGUCAUAAUCAUCAGUCGACCAUGACACGCAAUACCUUCCUAUAAUACUCAAAGUGGUUCAACAAGGAUCAGUCAUUCACAGUGAUGAGUGGAGAGCAUACCGCAAUAUUCAAGGUCUUGGAUACACGCACAAAACUGUGAACCACUCAGUCAAUUUUGUGAAUGUGAAUUCUGGUGUGCACACAAACGAUUGAAUCAUAUUGGAACACGAACAAGAGUUACAUCAAGACCAUGCGUGGCUGCAAACGAAGCUUUUUAAAUUCUUACCUUCAAGAAUUCAUGUGGCAUGGUCGUUUUUCUGUUAAUCCUCUGGAAAAUUUAUGUCAACAAAUUGCUGUUCAGUACCCUUUGUAAUAUGCAUCGCAAUAAAGAUGCAUAAAACACA